AGAGAGAGAGAGAGAGAGAGAGAGAGAGAGAGAAAAUGUAAAGAGUGGUGAAGUAAAAGUAGGGGAGUGGACGUGGAGGAAGAGGAGUCGAACAAUAUAAUAAGCAAUUCGUAAUUAGGAAAAACAAAAUCAGGGAUUUGAAGGGCUGGUGUUGGUUGGUUGGUCCGAUCAUCAAAAUAAAUAUGGAGCAGGAAUCGGCGAAAAUGUUGCUGGGUUUGGCCCCCAAUUCUCAUCCCUCCCAAUCCCAGGUAAAAGAUGCAUACAGAAGUAAGGCUUGGGAAACUCAUCCUGAUCGAUUUCCUGCUCAUCUCAAAUCUCAAGCUGAAUCCAAUUUCAAAUUGGUAUCCGAAGCGUACACCACUUUGUUGAGCUCUGCAGGGGGGGCGACUCGGCGGCAAAGUGUACAAACAGCAGCAGGAGCAUCAUCUUAUUACUCGCAGUCGCGGGUGGUCAUAAAAACUAGAGUAGGGAGGACACAAACAAGUAUGAUUAGAGUUGCUUCUCUUCCUUUCCUUUUCAUCAUUUUUGGUUCACUUACCCUUGCUGCUUCAACUGCUUCCAGGGCUUACAAAACACAGAAGGAGGCCCACCCUUCUUUCAAUCCCUUUCUCCCUUAGCCACGUCGUCGGAUGCACUAUAUUCAACAAAAUAUAUCCCCAUCAUCUCAAACUCUGCUCUUUCUAUGUAAUCACUAUUCCCCGUCUCCCCUCUGAUCAAAUUACAAACUCUCUCUGCUAACAACAUGUAACUUAUACUACUUCAGUUGCAUUCAUGUGAAGUUCGCCACCAGUCCACCACAUCUUACCUGAUGCCCUGUGUUAUAUACCUAGCAAACUAUAUAAAUCAAAUGGUAUCAUAAGAUUUGCA